UAGAUUGUAGUCAAUAAUAAUAUUGUAGUACAAUAAUUUCAUUUAAUUAUAGGUACAAAUAAAUGUAGUCAUUCUACAUAAUGGAAAAGAAGCAUUCUACUUUCACAUCAUCUAAAUCUCGUAAAAAAAAAGGAAAAAAGGCUGAUAUGCCCACGAAAAAAGCGAAGGGUAAUUGCAAUGUUUCUCAAAGUGCAUCGCACACAAAAUACUAUCGCAUCGAAAAACACCGAGAUGCGUAUGAAAAAAUUACGAAAGAAGAAUAUUUGGGAUUUUCGGAAUCAAUAUCUGGCUCAUCUGAAACUUAUCACUGUGUCCACGGGCCAGAAGGAAAACAGUAUAGUGAAAAAGGGAAAUUAAAGAGGAAUCUCUUAAAAGAAUUAGAUCCUGUGCCUGUAGACCGUAAAUGGAACGACGAAUGUCCACUAACUUACAAUUGGGAGAUAGUAAAGAAGUUAGAGUUUCUAAUCACAGACCCAACUGUGACGCAGCAAAUCGAUCGGCUGAAGGCUCACCUUCGGGAUUUGUCCAGAAUAUCUUGCUACGGUUUUAAAAUCGACAUUCUGGAUAGUCUAUGCAUAGUACUAGAUAAUUUGAUAGAAGCACAAUACAACCAGCCUGCGUUAAAGGAAGAGCUGAUGCUUCUAGUUCAGAAUAUGGAUAAACCGAUUCUACUGAAUUCCGCUUCGGAUGUUAUAACUUAUUUCGACCAUCUCAGACGGUAUUUAGGAUUUUUGGGCUACCUUUUAAUGCAAGUCCCCAACGAUGACGUAUUCGACCUGGUCUCGAAGGGUUUAAUAUGGCAGUUAUCAGCACCUGACCAGAUUCGUGGACAUGGAGCUGCUCAACUCCGGCACACCCUCGCUGCAGCCGCUCCAGUACUAUAUCAGACAGUAGUCAGAAUGUUAGGAGUUAGCACCUUGCAUAGAUAUCCCACUUACCUGGAGGUUGCUCUCUUAUUGGCUUGUGAUAACGUUGAUAAUUGUAUAGAGAUGAUGAGAGAAAAUAUUAUAGAAAAUAUAUUUUACCGCUUCAAUCCAUACUUCCCGGAGAGAAAUUUGCCAGUUUACGAUAUCAAUCCAGCAGAUCCACAAGACUACAAUAUUAAAUUAGGUGAUAGCAGUGUUAAUAUAUCAACUACUCUAUCUUUAUUACUUGUGCUGGGAAAAACAACGAAACAAUAUCUGGAUGAAAAUCCCAAGUUAAAGUUACUUCUUCCUUGUCCAGAUAAUUAUGCACAAAGAUGUUUUAUAUGGGCAUUCAGAUAUGAAUGCCGAGCGAGGGGACACGGGCAUCAGCGAAAUACGAUGACUGUAAUCGCCAUGGUUCUAUUGCACUGUUUUGGUGAUCGAUUGAUGUGUUUCUCUAACCAACUAAUGCCUGAUGUGAUGUCGUUGUCAGUUCUGACAGAGCUGCCUCGAAGAUCGGAUUGGAUUUCCACUGUAAAUUUCAACACUGGACAAUUGGAUGUUCAGUUCAAGAAAAUACUUAUUUCUCUAUCUGUAGACAUGAUCAAGCUUUUCCCAUAUAAUAAAUUUAUGGUGGAAUCUCAACACUGGCUUCUCGGUCUCAUGUAUCUUUUAGACCCAGGUCUUUGCUCCCUCAGGGCCAAGUGGUCACCAUCUCUUUUCGCUGAAAUUCGUAAGAUAGCCCUGCAAGCUUUGGUGUGCACAUUGCCGUUGGCUGCACACCACCUGGCCAAAGAUUAUGGACUGAUAAGAAGAAUAUUGUGGUACAUCGAAUGGUACACCGAGAGUCCUUACGAGUUACCUGUACUGUAUUGGUGUGUUAGACUGCUGCAGGUAGCUAUUUACAACAGAGAUACACCAGAGCGUACUGCCUCCAUUCAAGAUUUGUUUGACACUCAUGGCAUCAUUAUCCUAAUACAUCUUUGCGACACGCUUCUUGAACAAAAGUCGCCUCCAGUGGAAAAGAGUCAAGCAAUCAUAGCUCUGUGCCUCCGGUUACUCACCAGCGCCGUGGAUAAUAACACGCGUCUAAAAUGCUGCGUGUAUCCAAACAUCAAAUGGCCAUCAUCCGUCAAUAGCUUUGCGAGAAAAAUGCUCGAUGUGAUACUGUUUGCUCUUGAAAAAAACUUUAUUAUCAGUGACAGAUGGUUAAUUGCAUUACUAAAUUUCGUUUGGGAGUCAAUAAUUUGGAAGAAAGAAUACAGAGACAUUUUUAUUAUUAACAAUGGUAUAUUCAAAUUAUUGGAUAUAGUAACCAUGACGAGUCCCCCGGUUCAGUGCAUCGCCCUAGCACUGAUAUGCGAUGCGGCGCGCGCCGGAGAUGCUAUUGGUCAGCUGGUCACAUGGAGAGCUACUAAUGGCGCUUCCAGUGCUAAUUCAAAUUUAGUUAAACGUGGGGCAACAGUUGCAAGUUUGUUAGCAGCGAUAUUUCGUGACGAAUGUCGAGCUACAGGAGUUAAGCUGAAUGAAUAUGGUAUAUUGCAGGAUUUAAAUUGUCCUCUAUUGUCAUCGAUCGUGCGAUGUGAACUGAAUGAUGCAGAGUUUUGCAGUGACAAAAAUACGCGUACGCCUUAUUGCUUGGCGGCUGCAAAUUUGGCUGGUUCUAGAAUGUCCAAGGCUUACGCUAUUUUGCAUAUGCUGUCAGUUGAUUUUGAAUACAAAGUAAAUUUAGCUGAUGAAGCCUACAACCUUUAUAAGAAUGUACAAUUGGCACCAGAAGACGAGGCGAUUCUGGUGCUUUGUUCUUAUUAUCUGACAAUAAAACUUAACGAAGUUUGGAUGGAGACGCAAGCCCAAAAUCCAGAGUUACUACCCCAAGAUAAUUAUAUACUUAGAGAGUUUCUACAUAUUGGCAAGGGCUGGGCCAAAGAAAUAAAACGCCAACAAGAACAAAUUAUCGAAAAUGAAAGAAAAAAGGAUCAAGAAGAAGAAAGCUCUCUAUACGCAUUCUUGGGACGGGUACGAUUAAACAUUGCCCUGGAUGCACUCCGCGAGGUGCGUUGUAUCGCGCGUUCAGCCGACCGAGCUUGCAUCACUCACGCCUUACUGCAUGAUGCGGUGCGAGCUCACCACAGACGUUCAAUUUACACGAAGACACUUGAAACACCCGUACUGAAGACUUACGGCCCUACGCUGGAUGAUCAGAAUAUCACCGGACAAAAUGUAAAGGUGUACAGUAUAGCAGCAAAGGAAAAACCAAGGCCGAGGAAAAACAGCUCGACGUCUUCAUCUUGA